AAGAUGGCGGCGUCCCUGUCGCCCUGGGUUACUCUGCGGCCCCUGGUGCAGAGCCGGGUGCGGGACAGAUGCGCCUUGUUGGGGGCUCGGGCAGCUGCAGCCAUCGCCGCUGCCUCCGCCCCUGCGACCGCCCCCGGGAGGCCCCUUCGGAAAGCUUAUACAGUUCAGACCACAGAAAGUGUGACUCCAAAUACCCAAACAGAUGCUUUUUCAAAAGCUUUGGCUGUUUGCAAUGGACCAUUGGAACACUAUGAUUUCCUAAUCAAGGCUGAAGAGAUAAAAGAAGAUGAACACCAGAGAAGAGUUGUACAGAGUCUGCAGAAGUUACAUGAGAGCCUUAACGGAUACAACAUUGAAUCCAAAAGCCUUUUUUCCAAGCUUUUUGCAAAGAGAAAACCUCCGAAAGGCCUCUAUGUCUAUGGAGAUGUAGGUACAGGAAAGACAAUGGUGAUGGACAUGUUUUAUGCUUAUGUAGAAAUGGAGAGGAAAAAGAGAGUCCAUUUUCAUGGCUUCAUGCUCGAUGUACACAAAAGAAUACAUCGCCUUAAACAGAGUUUGCCAAAACGGAAGGCAGGAUUGAUGGCCAAAUCAUAUGAUCCAAUAGCUCCUAUAGCUGAAGAAAUUAGUGAAGAGGCAUGUCUCUUAUGUUUUGAUGAGUUUCAGGUCACUGACAUUGCUGAUGCCAUGAUUCUGAAACAGCUUUUUGAAAAUCUGUUCAAAAAUGGGGUCGUCGUUGUGGCAACAUCCAACAGGCCACCUGAAGACCUAUACAAAAAUGGACUCCAACGGGCUAACUUUGUGCCAUUCAUUGCUGUCUUGAAGGAAUAUUGCAACACAGUUCGGUUGGAUUCUGGAAUAGAUUAUCGGAAAAGGGUACUUCCUGGAGCUGGAAAACUCUACUACCUCACAAGUGAAGCUGAUGUGGAGGCUGUCAUGGAUAAGUUGUUUGAUGAGCUGGCUCAAAAACAAAAUGAUUUAACUAGACCAAGGAUUCUAAAAGUGCAAGGCAGAGAGCUGAGGCUGAAUAAAGCUUGUGGAACCAUUGCAGACUGCACAUUUGAAGAGCUGUGUGACAAACCUCUUGGAGCCAGUGACUAUUUGGAACUAUCAAAGAAUUAUGAUACAGUUUUUUUACGAAACAUACCUCAACUUACACUGGCCAAAAGGACCCAGGCGCGAAGAUUCAUAACUCUUAUUGACACCUUUUAUGAAUUUAAGGUACGUAUCAUUUGUUCCGCAUCCACUCCUCUAUCAAGCCUAUUUUUGUAUCAACAUCAUGACAGUGAGUUGGAGCAUAGCAGAACAUUGAUGGAUGAUUUGGGGCUGAGCCAGGAUUCAGCUGAAACACUUUCCAUGUUUACUGGGGAAGAGGAAAUCUUUGCAUUUCAUCGCACAAUGUCCCGACUCACAGAAAUGCAAACUGAGCAGUACUGGAAUGAGGGUGACCGGAGCAAGAAGUGAUUCUCACUUACAAAUGACCAGAACUCAGGGCAGACAUGGGUGCAUCGGAGAGAAAGCCUUAUUAUGGAGAAUGACCUAAUUGGUUUUUCACUAAUGAUUGAUUUGUUAUGCACUUUAUCCUCUGGACCAUUGAUCCUCCAUCUCAGACUCCUAUCAAAAAAUUCACAGAUUCAUAAGUUAUAGCUAUUUUUACAGCUUCAUAUUUUUAAUAUUUAUUUUGACUUUUGUUCCAUCAAAAAAAAUUAAAAUCAGUGCUCUUGAUAGUUAUUAAUAACAGACUAUACAUAAAGCUAUAUGAAUGUGAUUUGGCUCCUGCUCCAUGCUGGCGAUAUUGAUAAGAAUAUGUCUUUAGUGAAAGAAAAAGCCACUUACAAAAGUAGAAGUCUUCAUACAAAAUUCAGUCAGUUGGAGGCAAUAAAAUCCUGAGUUUAUGUAUGCAUAUUAUAACAUACUUGAAUUGUAAUAAACUUGUAAUUACCUUUUAAA